CUCCUAGCAACGGCGGGAAGCGUUGUUGACACCGAGGCGGCGGCGGUGCCGGAGUCCGGAGAGUCUCGCCGCCCGCGCGAUGGCAGAGGUGGAAGAAACCCUUAAAAGGAUCCAGAGCCACAAAGGGGUUAUUGGAACGAUGGUUGUGAAUGCAGAAGGCAUUCCAAUCCGAACGACCCUGGACAACUCCACCACAGUCCAAUAUGCAGGUCUUCUUCAUCAGCUGACCAUGAAAGCCAGGAGCACAGUCCGCGACAUUGAUCCUCAGAAUGACCUAACCUUUCUUAGGAUCAGAUCAAGGAAACACGAAAUCAUGGUAGCACCAGACAAGGAAUAUCUUCUGAUUGUCAUUCAGAAUCCGUGUGAAUAAGACCUACUGUGGCCAAGUCUGUCCCAGUGACUCUGGGUUGAAAACACUUUAAUGAUUACUGCAAUUAUAUUCCAAUCUAACUGAUCUUUUGGAAAUUCUUUUCUAUUUUUACACUUAAAGUAUUCCAUGUGUUUCAUUUAGCCCCUUUGUAUUGUGAAGUUGUACUUUAGCUAUAUAAUAAAUUCUGG